CUGGUCUGGGGCGCAAGGCUACACUACGUGGCACUCCUGCUACACGGCUGCUGCUUCCUGAGUAACGAGCUGGAGAUAGGAGGUGUGUAGCAGCCGGCCAAAUGCUGGAGAAAGCUGUGCUCUGUAGGCACCUGGCCCUAGAGCAGAAAUGGACUCAGAAAUCAAGGAAGAAAUUCCCGUGCAUGAGGAAUUCAUUUUAUGUUGUGGAGUUGAAACCCAGGUUUUCAAAUGUGGGCCCUGGACUGACCUCUUGAAUGAUCAAAGUGCCAACAGGCCAAAGCUGCUUAUUUUCAUUAUUACUGGUAACCCAGGUUUUCCUGCCUUUUAUGUGACAUUUGCAAAGGCUUUGUACUCUUUAAUAAACAGACGCUUUCCAGUUUGGAUUAUCAGUCAUGCUGGGCAUGCUUUGGUCCCCAAAGACAAGAAGAUUCUUACAACCUCGGAUGAUCCAAAUGCUCAAGAAAUUAAGGACAUCUAUGGACUCCAUGGUCAAGUAGAACACAAGCUCGCUUUCCUGAGAACUCAUGUGCCAAAGGAAACGAAACUGGUGGUCAUCGGCCAUUCAAUUGGCUGCUAUGUUGCCCUGCAGAUUCUGAAGCACGCCCCUGAGCUCCCAAUAAUUCGCUCCUUUCUGCUCUUUCCAACAAUCGAGCGAAUGUCCGAGUCACCCAGUGGCAGGAUCGCCACUCCGUUACUGUGCUGGCUGCGGUACAUUCUCUAUGUUUCCAGCUACUUACUGCUUAAACCAUGUCCGGAGAAAAUCAAGUCCUGGUUGCUCAGCGUGGCCCUUCAGAAGAUGAACGUGCAGAGUGACUUUUCACUCCUGAAUCUGUUGGAACCGUUCUGCCUUGCUAAUGCUGCCUACCUUGGGAGCCAAGAAAUGAUGGAGGUCGUGAAGAGAGACAAUGAGACCAUAAAGGAACAUUUACCUAAGCUUACAUUUUACUAUGGUACUAUAGAUCCUUGGUGUCCAAAAGAGUACUACGAAGACAUAAAGAAAGAUUUUCCAGAAGGAGAUAUUCGACUCUGCGAGAAAAAAAUACCUCAUGCUUUUACCCUCCAUUUUUACCAGGAAAUGGCUGAGAUGGUAGCUGGCUGGCUAAAGGACGAUCUGUCCCAAAUAGAAACAGAGACAGAAGGAAACAAGGACUGACAACUAGCACAGAGAGGCAAUAGCUAGCCUGUCUCUUAGUAGUAAGUAGUGUACUGAGUAGGUAAAUGUUUAAUUUUAACAUUUGAUAUUCGAAGAGAAAAAGUAAGAACCUCUUGGCUUCAAGACUACCCGCACCCAGUUCCCCCUGCUCCAGGCUAAAUGAAGUAAACAUAACUGAUGAAAUAUUCCACAGGUUAAACCACACAUUUUCCAAGACUCAGGGAACACAGGGAUCUAAACAGGUCUCUUAUGUUUGCACAAGAUACCCAGUGGCACCAUCCAGUUUAUUUUGGUAGGCAGGAUCCCUGCAGACAAAAGGAAGUCCACAUUUAGUUGAUUUUAAUCGAGUUACAUUAUAGAAUGGGCUCUCCAGGAAGAAAUUAUGAAACAUUCCUAGAAAAUGUAACAGAGAUCAGUGAACAUUAAGUGUAUAGUCAGGUAUGUGAAGUGUGUGAGAUCAUGAGAAGGACACACUCACGUUCCAGCAGCAGGAAGUGACAAGCGUGGAUCUUGGCAGUGGACCCGGGUCUCCCUUAAGGACAGAAGGUGAAGAUCAGCCCAGACCAAGUUUGUGCAAGUCGUGGCUGAGAUCAUCAGAAUCAGGCUGGAUACCAGGGCAGCCUGCAGACCCACCUGUUAACUACCUUGUAGGAUGUCACAGACAACCACGUCGGCCUUUUAUCUGGCCACAGUGGCACAGGCCCAACACCAGGGGAGCCAUUGCUUUUCUCCAUCUCUGAGAAGCUUCCCUGAGGACUGUGAUUCCGUGAUCUACCUGCAUUAAGCAGAGAAGGAGGUUCGCCAGCCAUUGCUCUGGUCAGCAGACCGGAUGAGAGUUGUUGAAGGAUCCUGACUCUUCCUCCUACCACAAGACAACAGCAAACUCUGUGCUGAGCCUUAGUCUGCCGGCUUGUGAGCUCCCUGUGGGCUUGUCUUCUCCAGAGACAGGAUGGGGAGGCCCUGGACUAUCCCAAAUCAAGCCUGUACCUAUCCCAUGCAGUUGCCCCUUCUGUGGUUUUUUUCAGUGAAACUCAAGUGAGGACCAGCAAUGAGCCAACUACCAUGCUAGGCACUGAGGAUGGAGUUCUUAGCUAUAUUAUGAUUCUUUUGAAAAUCUUCUAGUAAGUAAUUUUCAAAAGGACAUCUUUAAAUUGGUGACUAGAGAUUUACCAAAAAUAAGUUCUCCAUUCCUAUAUUAGCUUUGUUAGCUGGAAAGAAAUUGUUUUAUUAAUGGACCAAAACAAGUCAUUAAACUUUGUAAAUUCAGCAGAGAAGAAGCUUGCUCUCUGGCCUAGAGUGCUUUGCUGCCUUCCCCAGACUGACUCAAUCCUGGGACCCUGUGAGCCAAUAAAUCGCAUCGACUGCAGUGAUGGUUGACCAUGGAUCAGAAACCUUCACUUUUCUCCUAGAGAAAAUCCCUCAGGCGUUGGCAUUCCUUAAUGACAAAAGGAUGUUGGCCUUCCUCUCAAAACUUACAACCCCCUGAUGAAAGAUUCAGUUCUGAUAUGCUGCCAGCUCCGGGGUGAGAGUUGAAGGAGCCACUGUCCUUUGGCAGGUCGUCUGCAUCAGAGCAAAUGACUCCUGGGAGGAUAAGACCCAAGCUGAGGCCCCGGAAAGGAGCCAGUACACACACAGGCCGUGGGCAGGGGCCACACGCAGAGUCCUUAUGGCAUCUGCAUGGGAAGGCCUUCUAGAAAUCUGACGCUAGAAGCUAAGACGCGUGGCUCUGACGUGCCUUGCAUGUAGGAAUUGCCCAGUAACUAACUUGAGCACUUAAGCAAGUUCUGGGUAAAUGAAACCUACUGAAAUAAAGAAUAGCAUCCCCAGCUUUUCCUUUAGCAUUACUUUGCACAUUACUCUGUAUUUCAAAAGUCCACAUGUAUGAAAUUGUAUCUUAUUUUGGUUUUUCAGAGCUUAAAAAGUGAUAAAAAGUAACAUGUUGAAGUACAAGAUACUGGCUCUUAUUUCCCAUUUGUCAUCUAAGCACCAAUAAUUUUUGAAAUAAAUGUUUUACUGACACGUAGACCUUGCCUGGCCUGGUCUCUGCACGGGGGGAGGAGAAGCACAACCUGAGCAGCUCUUCUGCGCUAGACGCUGGUCCAGGUCUCUGUGUGAAACUGAAAACCCACUUUCUCAAUGCUUCUUUUAGAGAAGGAAGAAUCAGAUAUCAGGAGAUUGAAGUUGAUUUUAUUUUAUUAGGAAUUAAAAGACUGAAUGUCUCCAUACAUAUGUAUGAUAAAGUACGUGAACUCUGGAGGUAAAAAUCACACAGAUGGUAAAGCUGUGUGAUUUUCAGGCAACUUCAUCUAACUUCUCCACGCCUCAUCGUCCUCACUUAUAAGAUAGGCUUAAUAAUAACGCACAUGUAACGUUGGAAAAAUGAAAAAAGAUGAUAAAAUUAAAGCAUUGAGCAAAGUAACCUGACUAUCUAAUUGGCUAUAAUCAUAAUUAUUACUAGACCUCAUAAUAAUAAAAACUAAAGCCUAAGAUUAACAAGCAGUGGAUGUAAUCCAUUUUCCAGUAGCAUUUCUGCCGGUAUUGCCCAGUCAGCCACAUGGAUGGGCCUUGUCAAAGAUUUAACUCCGUACGGGGUUCUCUACUGCUGAGUGAAAAGCCUGUGGUUGUUCUCCAUCUGCUCUGGACCAUGGAGAGGACGUCCAGCGGCGGCUCUCAUGGCCUCAUUUCCAAGGCAGGGCGCUCUCGCCAUCUGCUGCUCCACUCAACCCUUGGAAAGCCGGUGGCCUCCAAAGGCUUGACUUUUCUUCACCCUACAUUAUGUUAAAUUUUAAUUUAAUUCCCGAUUAAAGGAGACUAAGGAGACAUGACAACAUGAUUGUAACACCUGAUUCUGGAUUAGAU